UAAUAUAUAUUACAAAAACUGAAAAAAUAAAUUUAUACACUGCGGUUUAAAUUACACACAAACAAAUUGCGUGUUCACAAUUCAUUUCGAUUUCUUUCCCCCCUUUGCUGAUGAAAAUCCAACUAAAUAAAAAAAAACAAACACACAAAACAAAGAAACAAGAGAUAUAUCACGUACAAAUAUAUAUUUCACAUUUUCCUCUCGUAACCAUAUAUAUAAAUAUACUUCGAUUUUACUUUUUCUUUUUUCGACAUGUAUCACUUACAUACGUGGAAUCUGAUAAGAGAAGAACAAUCAUUAUAAAUAAAUUAUAACGUGACACGUAAGAAAUUUGCAGGAAGUGGCUGACGCGAGGCGUUGUGUACGAAUUAACGAAUGACACAUUGAUCGGUGCGAAGUGCGUCUAUUCGAAAAUAGAAAUAUAACAGAAUCUGUCGUGGAAUGUAAAGUACAAGUGUGUGUAACGAAAAAGGCGGUGCCGUGUACGUUCUCUUGGAACAAUAGCGGAUUUUACGUAGACCAGACGUGUCGGUUCCGCCGAAAGUGUCAGAAACCGGCCCGGCGUUCACGGCUCGCUCUGUCAUUGAAACAACUAUAAUUUACGACUUUCUUUGUCUAAACAUCGACGUGUUUGUAAACAUGACAGCAUCAGCAAAUGCUAGCAUCGACGAUCCUGUUGAAAUCGAAGAUACUGUCGAACGCAUGCUGAAGAAAACCGGUUGCAUGGAAUUGCAUUAUCAAGUUCAAAACUGUAUAGCUGAGCAUCAGGAUUGGAGGAAAUGUCAGGAUGAAGUAAAAAAAUUUAAGGAAUGUAUGAUUGAACACACAGAAAAAAAACAAAGACAUUAAUUAUAAGAUAGUAU